AUGCGUCUUUUGUUGCUUCUGGCCCUGUUGGGCUUCGUCGUGGUGAUAACGGCCAUACCGGCUUCUUUGGAGUAUUUGGAACGACCAACCACUUUAUUAGACGUCGCCGAUGCUGGAGACUUGCAUUCAAAUAAUGAUGAUCGUGUUGCUCGUCAUUAUGGUGACGGCGGAUGGGGAGUUCGCGGAGGUGGUGGAUGGGGUGGUCGUGUUGGUGGUAGCUGGGGAGAUCGUGUAGUUGGUGGUUGGGGAGGUCGUGGAGUUGGUAGUUGGGGUGGUCGUGGAGUUGGAGGUUGGGGUGGUCGCAGAGUUGUGGGUUGGGGAGGUCGCGGAGUUGGUGGCUGGGGAGGUCGCGGAGUUGGUGGUUGGGCAGGUCGUGGAGCUGGAGUUUGGGGAGGCGGUGUAUGGGGCUAA